GCUUCACCUGGGGAAGAAGGCAAGGUUUGUACAGAAGGGGCGUGACCGUGCCCCCAACCACCCCUGCCCCAGCGCUUGAGGCGGAGCGUCCCGUGGGGAGGUGUUUCCCGGGACCAGGGCGUCCCUUUGCGAGACCUGGGCAGGAUGGCUCGGAAUCGCGCGGCCGGCAGGGAGCCGCGGGGACGCAUACUGCGUAGCCGGAAGGCCAAGGACAAGAGCACGGCCCGGCGUGAGGAGAAGGCGGCAGGUGUCUUUGAAGAUGAGAAACCUCUAAAAAAGAGCCUUCUCUCAAAAGUUUCACAAGGAAAGAGGAGAAAAGGCCGCAGUGAUCCUGGGGGUCCAGCAGAUAGCCCAGCAAAAAAGAAAGUGGCCAAGGUGACUGUUAAAUCGGAAAACCCCGAAGUUAUAAAGGAUGAAGCCCUCAGUGAUGAGGAAGAUUUCAGGGACUUCUCAAGUUCCCCCAAGAAGACACAUCAUCCAAAGAAAGAGGCCACUGUGGAUGGAGGCAGCUGGGAAGGAGAUGAGGAGGAGGAAAGUGAAGAUGAUUGGGAAGAGGUAGAAGAGCUUAGUGAGCCUGUGCCAGCUGAUGUGGGAGCAAAUGCAGCCUUCUCUAAAUCUGUUCUGCCUAUGAAGCCAGUGGAGAUAGAGAUUGAAACGCCAGAGCAGGUGAAAGCACGAAAAAGAAGUGAAAAGAUAAAAAUGGAGUUUGAAACACAUCUUCGGAGGAUGAUGAAACGUUUCAAUAAAGAAGUCCAUGAGGAUACACACAAGGUUCACCUUCUGUGCCUGUUAGCAAAUGGCUUCUAUCGAAGUAGCAUCUGCAGCCAGCCAGAUCUGCUUGCCAUUGGCCUGUCCAUCAUCCCAGCUCGCUUUACUGGAGUGCCACCUGAGGCCAUGGAUAUCGGCUACCUGUCAAACCUGGUGAAAUGGUUCAUUGGAACAUUUACGGUUAAUGCAGAUCUUUCAAUCAAUGAGCAGGAUGGCCUACUGACUACGCUGGAGAGGAGAUUUGCUAUUUACUCUGCGCGAGAUGAUGAAGAACUGGUCCACAUAUUUCUGCUGGUCCUCCGGGCCCUACAACUCCCAACCCGACUGGUAUUGUCUCUACAGCCAAUUCCUCUGAAGUUACCAGCAGCAAAGGGAAAGAAACUAUCCAAGGAGAGACCCGCAGUGGGCCCUGGAGGCCCCUCAGAAACUUCCAGCCCCAUUCCAAGCAACCAGACCAAAGCAAAGACCAGCAGAGGAACCAGACAAGAGGACACUUCUCGGGGACCUGGGGAUCCAAGUGCCAAAGGGAAGAGGAGCAAGGCAGCCAGAGUCAGGAAGAGACGGAGAGAGCCCUCCUCCAGUGGGAAAGAGGAGGAGCAGGAGGAGGAGGAGAGGGAGCCCCAGAGCCGUCGGAAGGGCCGGGAGCAGCGGGUGGCCGCCAGGCUGUCUUACAGAGAGGAGAGUGGGAGUGGCGAGGCCAGCAGUGGCUCCGACUUCGAGCCCUCCAGUGUGGAGGGCUGUCCAUCGGACGAGGAUUUUGAGCCUGCCCUUUCAAGGCAGAGGAGGGCCCUGGCCCCCCAGAGGACAAAGCAAGGGUCCAAGAAUGACUCCAGGACCCCACUUGGUAGCCUCCCCGAGCAUAAGCCCCCUGGCUUUCCAGCAGCAUCUGCGAGUCCUUCAAGCAGUAAGAGGAAGAGAGGCAAGAAAAUUUCCAGUGAUGGCGAGCAGGCCGAGAAUGGGAAAGCAGCUGGUGUAGACCAGUGGCUAGAGGUGUUCUGUGAGCAGGAGGAAAAGUGGGUGUGCGUGGACUGUGUGCAUGGUGUGGUGGACCAGGCUUUCACCUGUUACAGAUAUGCCACCAGACCCGUGACCUAUGUCGUGGGCAUUGACAGUGACGGCUCGGUCCGGGAUGUCACCCAGAGGUACGACCCAGUCUGGAUGACGGUGACCCGCAAGUGCCGGGUUGAUGCCAAGUGGUGGGCUGAGACCUUGAGGCCGUACCGGAGCGCGCUGGUGGAAAGGGAGGAGGAAGAAGACUUGGAGUUUCAGGCAAAACAUCUAGACCAGCCCUUGCCCACGGUCAUCGGUUUGUAUAAGAACCACCCUCUGUAUGCCCUGAAGAGGCAUCUCCUGAAAUAUGAGGCCAUCUACCCUGAGACCGCCACAGUCCUUGGCUUUUGUCGUGGAGAAGCCGUCUACUCCAGGGACUGCGUGCACACCCUGCACUCCAGGGACACGUGGCUGAAACAAGCGCGAGUGGUGAGGCUUGGAGAAGUGCCCUACAAGAUGGUGAAAGGCUAUUCCAACCGGGCCCGGAAAGCCCGCCUCGCCUUGCCUGAGCUGCAGGACCAGAAUGACCUGGGCCUGUUUGGCCAUUGGCAGACGGAGGAGUACCAGCCACCUGUGGCUAUGGACGGCAAGGUCCCCCGGAAUGAAUUUGGGAAUGUAUACCUCUUCCUGCCCAGCAUGAUGCCUAUUGGCUGUGUCCAGCUGAACCUGCCCAACCUGCACCGUGUGGCUCGAAGGCUGGGCAUCGACUGUGUCCCGGCUGUCACUGGCUUUGAUUUCCAUAAAGGCUACUCCCAUCCCAUCACUGACGGGUACAUAGUCUGUGAGGAAUACAGAGACGUGCUCCUGGCUGCCUGGGAAAGUGAGCAGGAGCUCAUGGAAAAGAAGGAGAAGGAGAAAAGGGAGAAGCGGGCUCUGGGGAACUGGAAGCUUCUGGUCAAAGGGCUGCUCAUCAGGGAGAGGCUGAAGCUUCGCUAUGGGGCCAAGAAUGAGGCAGUGGCUGCCCAAGCACAAGCUGGAGGUGGACUCUCUUCUGAUGAAGAGGGAGGGAGCAGCUCUCAAGUGGAAGCGGCCAGGAUACUGGCUGCCUCCUGGCCUCAAAACCGAGAGGCUGAAGAGCAGAAGCCCACGUGCCCUAGGAAGACCAGAAGGGAAAGGAAGGAGGCAGCCUCCCACUUGUUCCCCUUUGAGAGGCUGUGAUGUGAGUGGCCAACUGUCCUAGGUACAUUCUGCAGAGCAGGCCCCACACCUGCCCAGGGGAGGUGGAGGGUGGGCAGGCAGGCCCAGGGUGAUGGCAUCACCCCCUGGAAGGCACAGCUGCAGGUGAGGUCCAGGAUAGGAAGAGGUGAGCUGAGGCGCUGCCACAGUCCUAAAGCUUUAGAGCUACGGAACACUUCCCCAGCUCUCCUGCCGCCUAGACCUUGAUCUUCCUCUUUGGAAACACUAGUUCUUUCAUAGAAACCCCUGGAAUAUUUUGGAUCCCUUCUGUCCAGGCCACUCAUUUUCCCUCAUGAAUCAGGCUUACUAAUCCUGCUGCCUUGGAGUAUGGGAGAGAGCAAAUGGGAAGUACAGGCCAUCUCAGGGUAAGGUACCACGGGGAUCUACUUUUUGAAGUAACAUUUCUGGAUGACAGAAGUCUAGAGCAAAGAGCUGAGAUCAGGAAAGAAAACUGCUAAUUGAGAAAAUAAUGUUACUAAAAGUAGAUCAGUGUUAAACUACAUUUUAUUCAUUACUGGAUAAAUUUAUAAAGCUCUAUGCACUGUAGAUACUCAGGAGAAAUCAUUUUUAUAACUUUGAGAACAAAAUAAAGCAUUUAUCUAAAAAUA